AUGGUAGCGGAGAUCAAUUGUUCUGGCUUGCACUUGGAUGUUAGUUGUUAUGACUCUCUAAUAGAAGCGUCAAUGUCAAGCCAGGAUUUCCAAUCUGCAUUUUCUUUGGUUAGGGACAUGAGGGAUGCAAGAAUAUCGGAGCUAAAAGGAAGUUGUCAGUCCACUGUUGGUAUAGGGGUAUGGGGUUCGAGACAAAGAAAGAUCAAGGCAGCAUAUCAGUUUUUCCUUUAUACUUUACUUGGAUCUGUUUUUAUGCUAUUAGCUAUUCUGUUGAUUCUUCUCCAAACAGGAACUACCGAUUUACAAAUAUUAUUAACCACAGAAUUUAGUGAGCGGCGCCAAAUCUUUUUAUGGAUUGCUUUUUUCGCCUCUUUCGCUGUCAAAGUUCCUAUGGUACCAGUUCAUAUUUGGUUACCCGAAGCUCAUGUAGAGGCACCCACGGCAGGAUCCGUUAUCUUGGCAGGAAUUCUUUUAAAAUUGGUAACUUACGGGUUUUUAAGAUUUUCAAUACCCAUGUUUCCUGAAGCGACACUUUGUUUCACUCCUUUCAUUUAUACUCUAAGCGUGAUUGCUAUAAUAUAUACUUCCUUGACCACUUUAAGACAGAUCGAUCUUAAGAAGAUCAUUGCUUACUCCUCAGUAGCCCAUAUGAAUUUUGUGACUAUUGGUAUGUUUAGUCUGAACAUACAGGGAAUUGGAGGUAGCAUUCUACCGAUGUUAAGUCAUGGACUGGUUUCUUCAGCCCUUUUUCUAUGUGUUGGUGUUCUAUAUGACCGACAUAAGACUCGACUUGUUAGAUAUUACGGAGGUUUAGUGAGCACCAUGCCGAAUUUCUCUACCAUUUUCUUCUUUUUCACUUUAGCCAAUAUGAGUUUACCUGGUACUAGCAGCUUUAUCGGGGAAUUUCUCAUCUUAGUAGGAGCUUUCCAAAGAAAUAGCUUAGUAGCCACAUUAGCAGCGCUUGGGAUGAUUUUAGGCGCGGCCUAUUCCCUUUGGCUAUAUAAUCGUGUGGUUUCUGAAAAUUUAAAACCCGACUUCCUCCAUAAAUUCUCCGAUCCAAAUGGCAGAGAAGUUUUCAUAUUUAUACCCUUUCUUGUUGGAGGGGCGACCGCCCGUUAAACUACCAAAGAAAAAAAAAGGGUAAACCAAUGUGA